AUGACUUCCGACUACCCGCAGAUCGACUUUUACGACAUCUCGUGCCUCACCACGGAGGAGUCAUGGAGCCCCUUCACGGCGCGCACCUACGUAGCCCUGCGCUUGCUCGAUAUUCCCUUCCAACGACACCUCGUCCCUAUGGCGCGCAUCAACUCCACCCUCACCUCCCUUGGCGCCCCUCCACCCAAGUCUGAACGACACACACUCCCCGCCAUCACCAUCACCUCCUCUGGCAAGAAAGAGUGGAUCACGGAUAGCUCCGACAUCGCGGAAAAACUCCAAGAUCUCUACCUCUCCUCCAACCACCCUCUCUCGACCUCGCUCUUCCCCGACCCGCACUCUCGUUCUUGCGUGGAACUCGUGAGGGAAUGCUUCAAAUCUUCCCUCUACACCGCCGAUCACAGGUGGAAAUCCGUCAACCCGGCGAUCUACAAGAUCCUCGAGCCCGAAUCUUCCGAGUACUACAUCACCGACCGGACCGUCCAAUGGGGCAAACACCCGCAGGAGAUCCUCGACACCGACGCAGCCGCAAACGAAGCCCGAGACGGUGGCGUCAACCAAGUCUACGCCAAGAUCAUCCAGCCUUUCGCACAGCUGUACGAUGACAAGGAAAAGGAGGGGGUUUGGCUGGGUGGUGAACGACCGAUCUAUGCGGAUGUCAUGACCCUAGCCCUGUUGCAGUGGCUCAAGUGCGCCAAUCAGGACGCUUUCGAGCAAGGAUUGAGCAUCAACGGUGGUGUAUUGCAAAAAGCCUGGAUGGAAGGACAGCCAUUGCUCAAGUGCUAG